GGAUGUUUCUCAGUCAGGGCAACAUCUGGCCUCCUUGAUAGACCAGAGAAGACCACAGCAUGUCACUUGCUGAUAACCCCCACUGCUGACUCACGACAAGGAGGAGGUCGCCUAACACACCUCAACACCCCUUGUGGAUUUCAAUUCUGGAGAAAGGAAGGAAGGAAAAGCAAAGCGAAAGACCGACUUGCAGCCGAGUGACGGUCAUCCUUGGAGUGGGACACAUCUUUUCCAGAGAGGGCUCGCUGUCCGGCAAAAUCACCAAUCAAGACUCCCAUCUCCUUUGCUGCCAAGGUUUGUCGAGAGGCAACCACUGCAAAAGAACCACCGAGGAGCAGUGACCAGUAUUCUGAAAGACGGAGGAUGGCAAGCCGGCUUCAUAAUCCCCUGAAAGAACCAGAGAUUGAGCUGUUUGUAAAGGCUGGCUUGGAUGGAGAAAACAUUGGAAACUGUCCAUUCUGUCAGAGUCUCUUCAUGGUGCUGUGGCUCAAAGGUGUCCGAUUCAAUGUGACAACCGUGGAUAUGACGAGGAAACCAGAGGAGUUAAAAGACUUGGCACCCGGGAUUAAGCCUCCAUUCUUGGUGUUCAACAAAGAGCUGAAAACGGAUUUCUUGAAGAUUGAAGACUUCCUGGAACAGACUCUCUCACCACCCAAGUACAGUAUUUCCUUGCAGAAUAACCUAUGUUACUUUCAUUUCCUUCCAGCUUCAGGUUGCUAUAAGAAACUAUGCCUUCCUACUGAUUUCAGAUGUAUGUUAUAUCCCAAAAGACAGGCCUUACAUUCUGCGGUUGGUUCUUCUGAUUCAGAUUUGGAGAAAGCUUUGCUGAAAGAGUUCAAGCGCCUGGAUGAUUAUUUAAGUGCCCCACUCCCGGAGGAAAUUGACCAGGACUCCACAGAGGAAGUUCUAGUUUCUCAGAGGAAGUUCUUGGAUGGAAACUGGAUAACCUUAGCUGACUGCAAUCUGCUGCCCAAACUCAACAUCAUCAAGAUUGCUGCAAAGAAAUACCGCAACUUUGAGAUCCCUUUAGAGAUGACAGCAGUUUGGCGCUAUCUUCACAAUGCAUAUGCCCGCGAUGAAUUUAGUCACACCUGCCCAGCUGAUGAAGAGAUUGAACGCACUUAUGCCAGCGUGGCCAAGAAGAUGAGCUAAGGGUUGGAUUCUGGAAGGGGCAUCAUUUUCAUUGGUGCCUGAAAUUGCCAGCUCUUCAUCCUGCUGGAGAUUCCUGCCAGGGAGUGCUUUCAUCAUUCUAGCCUUGAAGAAGCACCCCAGCCUUGGAUCACAGCAGACGUUAAGGAAUGCUUAAAUGCUUUAGAAUAAGCCCCUUUCACUCAGUCUCUUCUGUCACAUCUAUCUUCCUAUGGUGAGCUAUGUGAGUUAGAUUUAAAUGCUUUACACAUUUUUGUGGUGGCAGAAGUAGCAACCUGCAAAUAACUCUUGGUUAUGUGGCUGGUAUGGGAAGAGUGUGAGUUUACCUGCCGGGUUUAGCGCUCUUUUAGACAACAUGCAAGAGGGUCUGUUCACUCCAGCAGAAAGUAUCUUUACUACUUCCAAACAUGAGAAACACUAACUCCUGAAGAAGUGCAUGGCAUGCUUUUGAAGAAGAAGGCCCUACCUAAACUUCGAGGAGGAAGGUGAGAAACUAAUUCUUGCAGGCUUGUUUAAAGCUAGUUGCACAUAUUUACCUGCAUUACACUAGUUGCCAGUUGUGAUGUUGAGUCUCAGAUAUGUAUGGCUCUCGGUGUGACAUAUUGCACUUUCAGACAGACCCUUCAUGGGAAUUUAAUGAACGUUCUCCUUCUCCAUUCUGGCUAGAGAAGAAGGUGUGCCUUGGAGCAUAUAAUGCAUUUUUCCCUAUCCAGAUUGCUAAAAGUGGCAUUAGGAUAGGCAUGAAUAACUCUGUAUCCCAGGGCCUAUCUUACCCUUAGCAAAGAGAGGUGGUCAGCAGGUGCCAGGAGGCUAUAACCAAGGCAUUGGGAGAAUCAAUUGCCAAUCUGGUUGAAUUCCAUGUACAUAGAAUGGGAGGAACCCCAUCUUGUUUUGUGUCUCAGGCAUCAAAAUGCUAAUAUCCAAACCCUGAUAACAGCAUUCUUUCUCUUCCAUCUUAAGUCCAACAUUUAUUAUCAAGGAGGGAAGGAAGUACUCAAUGCAACAGCAUUUGGACAAGGUUUGGUUUGAACACAUCUUGGAAAUCCCAUUGCCUGUAUGGGAAUGUGAGUUUGCCAACCUAGAAAACGAGAAUGAAGGGCAAGCUAGAAAUAAUGCAAGUGUAUUUAUCUUUAGAAGGAGGAGGAAAACUAAGAACAAGAGAGUUGGCAGAAGAUCAUAGCAGGUUUGAACACUGCAGUCAAACCUCUGCAGUGCUCCUGCUUCUAGUGGCGUUCUUCAUAAGCGGCACCUACAUAAAUAAAAUGCUUGCCAGUUUCAUGCAGCUGUGUUUAGACAGGUAAGGAGUGGCCCAUCGCCACUCUGCUGCCCUUGCAACCGUGGAAGUUAAAGCCACCACAAAAGAUCCUCACUAUGAUCAGCUGUUCAAACAGAAAAAAAUCUUUUCUUUCUCUCUGUGUGUGUUUUAAAAGAAAACAGUUCAGUGUGUAGUGAAGUUAGUGAUCUGAGAUAGGAAUUUCAAAAGACAUCACAGGCAGGCAGAAACUGGGUAGGUUAUUCCGUCUCUCCUAUAUGAUGAUGAGAAAGUUACAUCUGUUGCUGACUGCCUGAUAUCUGUAGAAACAGUAAUAACGACAUUCUGCCAUUGUCGACCCAUAACCACACUCUCCAUUGACUCCAUCCCAGUUGAGAAGAUUUUGUGGCUUCUGUUUUGUUUUUCAGAUUAUCAUUGCCUGCUGUAUAAACAGCUAGCAUAGGAAAUACUGUAUAAGAGUAAUAGCAAUGUGUAUAAUUUUAUCUGAAAAUAUAUAAAGAUAUAAAAUGCACUGCUGGAAGCAAUCUAGGAAGUUUCACAGGAGUAACUAUGUUUAAGGGGAUGAGGGGUUGCAGCAAAACAGAGUGUCUUGAAUACGUUAAAAGAUUAAUGUGGCAUAAUAUGCUUUCGUCAGCCCCAACCCACUACAUCACAAAACCACCUGGAAGCAACUGUAGCUUAAGCUGCAGCUGAGCACAUAUUUUGCAUGCAAAAGGAUUCAAUCCCUGCUGUUUCCAUUUAAAUGGAGCAGGUAGUAGCUAAUGGGAAGAAUUUAGGAGUUUAUCACACAGGGACAAUUGGAAGUGUAAAUUGGGUUUAUCCCAUGAAAAUUGUGCAUGUGGGAUUAAGAUUUUCACUUGCUGUCACGAUUAAAAUAUCCCGUGAAAAUCACACACAUUCGUGAUAAAGGUUUUCACAUGAAGUCGCAAUCAAAAGCAAUUAAAGCACCAUUAACCCAGGAACAACCAGGCAAUAAACAGCAACAAAUAAGUCAUGGGAUUUUCCCAUGAAUGAAUUGUUGCUGUUUAUUGCCUGGCUAUUCCUGGGAUAAUGACUGCUGUGUGUGAAAAUCUUAAUUGUGCUUUAAUAGUAAUUGUGCGAUUUUCACAAGAUAAACCUUGUUUAAACUUAAAGAUGAAGCAGCCACCUUGGAAUAUAGAGGUGUUAGGAGGUGGCAGCCAAGUGCUGGAGACAGCUGUCUUCUGUGUGGUAUGCCCUAUAAUUCCUAAGCUGUCUUCAGGGGUUAUGAAGGAUGCUGUCCCAUUAUUUUCUAUCCUAUUAUAUCCACAGUAUUGAGGAAGAGUUCCUCUAACAGGCUAGGAAGGAAGUGUUCCUUAUUCUUCACCUCAAGCAUCCGAAUGGGUAUAUGCAUAUGGGUAUAUGUAUACCUAUGCACAUGAGUCCAAAACCCUGCUAUACAGCAAUUUGAAAUAAACUGCAUUGGGGUAGCAGGGGACAGGAAUACAGGAAUUGGCAUCUAUAUGGUGAAGUAUUCCUUUUAAAAACAGAGACAGGGAACUAGUGGCUUUCUACAUGUGUGGCACUUGCUGGAUGGGGUGAUGUUAGUUGGAGUCCAACAAUAUCUCUAUGGUUCUGCUCCAGCUAGCAAAAUAUCUCUGCUACUAGUCAGAACAGACAUCAUAAAACUAAAUGGACAAAUUGUCCAACCUGACUUGUCAGCCUUAUACUCCUGAACUUCCUUUAUUGCACUAAACAAGGACAAUUCUCUUUUCAAAUACAGAUUCUCUAGUUUUCAGUGUAUUACUGUAAUGUUAAUAAAGUUUAUUUUAUA